AUGACUUCUUUUGGCGACACAAAGCUGCGGAACCUGGGAGACUACUUUGGAGGUAAUAUAUCCAGAGGAGCUGAUCCUAUGUGGCAGGGAUGGAAGAGAAUAUGGAACAGCUACCGGGCCAAAUACGUAACAUGCAAGAAUGCUAGAAUGACGCCGUUUCUACACAUUGUUUUCCUGUCCAUGGCUUUGAAUUACGCCAUUGACUAUCCUCACUUAAAAGGUAAGUUAGUUUUUGCUUAGGUUUAUCGAAGGAAGACUUCAAUAUAUCAGAAUGAGCCAGUGCUGUCAACUCCAGAUUUUGCAUCGUAUCUUACAGUCUGAUAAGCGGUCAGUAUAAAACACGGACUACGGACUGCGGACUACGGACUGCGGACUGAGUAUAAAAUACGGACUAGGUAUAAAACGCGGACUGGAAAAUACGGACUGGGUAUAAAACACGGACUAGGUAUAAAACGCGGACUGCGGACUGCGGACUGCGUAUAAAAUACAGGCUACGGACUACUUUGGUAAAAACGGUGCUAAUUGGUUCUAGGUAAGGAAAAAUAAGAUCAAAAGAUCGCUAAAUAGCAAGACACGUGANUGGAACAGCUACCGGGCCAAAUACGUAACAUGCAAGAAUGCUAGAAUGACGCCGUUUCUACACAUUGUUUUCCUGUCCAUGGCUUUGAAUUACGCCAUUGACUAUCCUCACUUAAAAGGUAAGUUAGUUUUGUUUAGGUUUAUCGAAGGAAGACUUCAAUAUAUGAGAAUGAGCCAGUGCUAUCAACUCCAGAUUUUGCACCGUAUCUUAGAGUCAGAUAUCUCUCGGAUAAGCGCCAAAGUUGCUAUUUCUUGUAGACUCCACUUUUUGACCAUAAAAUUUCAUUUAUUUUGCGUUGUUUGAGCUACUGUUAACAUGGAACGUUUCCUCAUAAAUUCUAAAUAUGAACUGUUUAUGUGCUGUAUACGUCGAUCGGAAUCAACGAGCAUUUUGGGCACAAAUGACGUCAUUUGUCGUGCGGUGACGUCGUCUAUCACCCCUUCCCUGUCAAUUCUCAAUAUAUCAUGACGUGGGGGGUUGACAGCCCUGAGAAUCGAUGCUAGUUUAGGCAGUUAAUUUAAUAGAUACAAGUGGAGGGACAUGAUAAGGGGUUUUUUUCCAAUGGUACAGAGCCACUGUAACUUCUGGAUCCCUCACCCUGUAACUAGUCUUUUCUCAGAAUUUGCUGGAGGUGGCUGGCUGGGUUUUAACUUUCUCUGUUAAUAGGGAGUUUAAGAUGCCACUCUGGCAACGAUAUAAGAACAUCAAAAAAGCAAUAUUGGUUUGAUAAGCAAAAAAAACAACUUUGCAAAUGCACAUGCACAUGCACAGUGUGCAAAGAAAUUAGUGUCUGAUAGCCCGGAGCUAGUGGACAUUGCUACUGGGCUAGUAAAUUCUUUUCUUAACUUGCCGAAUGGGCCAGCGAAGUUUUUUGGGAAAUUCAGAUUACAGAAAAACUGAUAAAUCCUGUUGAUCAAAAUUGUUUUUUCCAGGCUAGUGGGCUAGUACAUACUAGCUACAGGUUGCCUGAAUGGCGAGCUGUAAAACUGACUUUCUUUGCACUCUGAUGUAUCACUCUUUUUUGUACAUUUCUUUGCUGUCACUGCACAAUUAGAGAUGAAAUUGCCUAAUUUCAUGUUUUGUGUAGGACGUAAACAAGUGUUUUCCCAAAAUUCACUUUCUCUACCUGAAAUUGGAUAUGGUUCUUAAGGAUUCAACUCCAGGUCCCCAGUUUGAACACUAGAUAGCGCUAUUCACCAGGGCCCGGUUCCUGAGAGGCCGAUUAGCAUUAAACUAGGAUUAAAAUUUUGUUCCACUUUUGCAUUUACUGUUCUACGCAUUUCUUAGAGUAAGAUUUUGUGUUAUCAUUUCUUUUUUUCGAAGUAAGGGCACAACAGUAUUUCAUUAGCUCAGUUACUUGUUCGUAGACAAGAAAACCUUGCUUAAAAUUUGGCUUAAUCCUGGGUUAAACGUAACCAUCUUUCAAGGAAGCGGGCCCAGAUAAAUCACUAUUCAGCAGAAACAAUAGCCUUAUCCCCCUUUUGAACAAGUGGGGCUUGGAGAGUUUUCUUACGUUUGACAACGUGGGUGAUUUGACAUAAUUGGAACGAAAAUUGAAAGAACACGAAACACUUUUUCGAUGACAUUUUUACUGUGGUCAUCAUUGUGGUAUAUUAAACCCCCCCAAUGUUAGCCCUAGGGUGGAGGGCUGGGUGGAGUGUGUUACUCUUGGGAAGUUGGCAGAAAAAGCCAUCCCCUGUUGGGAGAUUUUCACACCACGUUCGACACCAGAAUGCCGUCGCUCAAAAGGUGGAUAAAUGUUAUUCAGCGGAUAAAUCUCCAUCCAGUGGAUGGUUCAAUUGGUUUUCCUUAUACUUAUCCACGGGAUAGUGAAUUAUCAGGUGGAAAACACUAUCCAAUGUUUAAACAGCUGCGGCUAAGCAGAUAAACAUUUACUCUUAUAUUAAGGUGCCUGUAAUAACUUCCUUUUUUCUGGGGAUGAUCAGUUUCAUUUAUUAUGGAUAAACUUAAAAUUGUUAAAUUGCCCCGGUUUAUGCCACGCCCCUUCCCCCAAUCCAAGCGAGAUGCAAGCAUAAAGCCUUUUGUGGCAUAAGUGCAUCAACCUCAAAUAAUUCUACCUAAAAACAAUAUACAAACUAAGGUCCUUUCUGUCAGUGAGUGAAACUUUGCACAGCACUUGCAUGUUGUAUUGCACCUUCAUGAAGCUUAAGAAUUGUUUGUGUGUGUAAAAUCCUGUUUUAUUUUUUUUUUUUCAAAGCACAUUCUCUGUGGAGGAAGUAUCACUGAAAACUGUGUAAAGUUCUUGGUCUCAGUUCAAUGCUAUGCUGGAUUACAAGAUUACAAGUGCAGUGGAUUUAUUUUUUGCUGUAAUUAA